GAAGGACCGAGGUGUUGAAUACGUGUCUCCAUUGCGAUGUUUCCGGCCAUUGUCAGAGAAUAUCAUAAGAAUUAAUCGCAGCUCAGGUGUUUUUAAAGAAAUUUAUGACCAGUUUCCGGAUAAGAGAUAUAUUGGGUUUUACCAGAUGUUUAAACCCGUGCUAUUUGUUCGUGACUUGGAGUUAUUUAAACAAAUUACCUCAACGGACCAUGAUGUAUUCAAUAUGCAUUCCGAGAUUUUUCCACCAGAAUUAGAUCCGUUGUGGUCAAAAAAUUUUACCGAUCGAAACGAAUGGAGGAAUGUAAAGACAUCUUUAACUCCGUUGUUCACAAGUCACAAAGUGAAGACGUCUUUUGCUGUAAUUAAACAGUUUACAAGAAAUUUAGUUAAUUUCUUAAUGGAGCAAGUAGAAGGUGAGAGAAAUGUUAUGGAGAUAAGAGAGAUUUGCAAGCGGUUGCUAUGCGACAUUACGACUACCUACAUCUUUGGUGUUAAUUGUGAUGCAAUUAAUAAUCCUGAUAGCGAAAUGUAUAGUAUGGCAGAGAAAUCAAUGACGUUCAAAGCCGCGAGGGGUUUAGUGGCUGAAUUUUUUCCUAAACUGCUGAAGUGGAAAGGGACGAAAAUGUACAGUGAAGACGUUCGCCAAUUUUUUGCAAGUAUAACUAGGCAGAGUAUCAAAAUGCAUCUGGAAAAUAAUUUGAAUAGCUCAACUGUUAUCAAUAUGCUACUUGAACGGUAUAAAAUUGAAAAAUCUCGCAUAGACGACCUUGAUGGCAUUGUGCUUGAAGAUAUUAUGGCUCACGCAUUGAUAUUGGUGUUUUCCGGGUACGAAACAGUCAACAACACAUUAGCCGCAUUAAUCUAUGAGCUAACAAUGCAUGCUGACGUUCAAAAACAAUUGUAUGAGGAAAUCGUGAAAACAGUUAACGACCACGAUGUCAGUUACGACGAUAUUAUUUCAAUCGGUUAUUUGGACCAUGUCGUCAAUGAGACUAUACGGUUGCACUCGACAAACGCGAUAAUUGAUAGACGGACUAUGAAGAAUUAUGUAAUCAAAGCUGAAAAUCCAGACGAAUAAGAUUUAACCCUAGAAAAAGGGAUUCCAGUUUGGAUACUAAGCCAAUCAAUUCAAACUGAUCCGAAAUACUUUUCAAAUCCAAAUAAGUUCGACCCUGAUCGGUUUAAAGAUGUUAUUAAACCAUAUUCGUACACCCCUUUUGGAUCAGGUCCAAGGAUGUGUCUUGGGUAUCGAUAUGGUGUAAUGGUUUUUAAGGUGGUCAUCACAGAGUUGCUACUAAAUUUUGAACUUUUACCAACCGAAAAUACCUACAUUGAGGAUGCGUCCAACAUGUAUAAACUGAAGCAACACGGUGUUUGGGUCAAAUUGAAUCCUAGGAAAUCAAAUUGAUUGAAAACACAAGUUUAACCUGACCUAAUAAUAAUUUCAAAAGGUUUCGGAACAUAGGUACUAAGCUUUCUUCGUUUAAAGAGAAAUGAACUUUCAUUGCGUCAAAAAAUGAAUGCCGAUAUCAAUUAGUAAAAGAAGAAAGCUUAAUAAGCAUAUUAAUUAUUAUUUAGUGCUACAUCAACAAGUAAUCAAGUUUUAAAUAAAUGACAAGGGG